AUGGGGCUGAGAUUGCUGCUGGAAGGAGCCGUGAUUGAGAGCCAGUUCCUGGCCAGUGCCCACCCCAGCUGGAGGAGGCUCCGCUAUGAGCACAGGGAGAGCUGGCUACCUCCUUGGAGGAGUCAAAAGCUCAGCUGGGAGAAAGACUGUCAUUCUGGAGAGCGGGGAAGGGAAGAGGAAGCUGAGCUAGCAGCCAUACUAAUCCUGCAAAAGUACUAUUUUUACUGUGCAAACACCUACAAGUUCAUCCCAACGAAUAGGGUGUGUGAUGGACACAAGGAUUGUGCCUUUGGAGAAGAUGAGCAGCAUUGCGUGGAGAGCAUCGCCAAUGAUGAAGACUUGCCCCUGGUAGGAGUCCGGCUCUCCAAGGACAGGUCCACUCUACAGGUGUUACACAGACAGACACAACUCUGGUUCUCAGUCUGUUUUGACAACUUUCGAAAAGCCUGGGCUGAAAUUGCCUGCUCUGAGAUGGGAUAUAACAGUUCCAGCAUGAAGCCAAUUUUCCAAGCUGUGAAGAUUGGCCCAGAGCAACAGUUGCCUGUCAGUCAUAUCAUAGCCAUAGACCAGGAGCUUCAAGUGUGGGAUUUCUCAAGGCCCUGCCUCUCAAUGGCCCUGGUUGCCCUUCACUGCACUGACUGUGGAGGGAGUCUGUAUAGUUCCAAGGUGGUCGGCGGGCAUGAAAGUUCUAUGAAGAACUGGCCCUGGCAGGUCAGCAUUCAGUACAAGAAGAUUCAUGUCUGUGGUGGCUCCAUCCUUGAUCACUACUGGAUCCUAACUGCUUCCCACUGCUUCAGACAAUCUUCUGUCGUGUCCCUCUGGAAAGUUAAGGUCGGCUCUCAUUUCCUGUACAACAGAACCCCAUCCUUGGACCUGGACAAAAUCUUUAUUGUCGAGCGCAACAGUUUACAUCCCAAAGAGAAUGACUUGGCCCUGAUCAAGCUGAAAAGGCCUCUUGUUAUGUCAGAUAGAAUCAGGCCCAUUUGUCUGCCAUUUUUUGAUGAGGAGCUGAUUCCGAGUACUACACUCUGGGUUAUAGGCUGGGGUUCCAUAAAAGAGUCAGAAGUAAAGGUUUCUAAAAUCCUACAUGAGGCAAAAGUUCAACUCAUUGACAGAAAUCAGUGCAACCAAGAAAAUGCAUAUUUCGGGGAUAUCACCAAGAAAAUGCUAUGUGCUGGUAUGCCUGGUGGUAACGUCGAUGCAUGCCAGGGUGACAGUGGUGGGCCCUUAAUGUACUUCAAGGAAAAGUGGCAAAUAGUGGGCAUAGUGAGCUGGGGAAUUGGCUGUGGGCAGCCCAACUUCCCAAGUGUGUACACCCGUGUCAAUUCUUUUCUCAACUGGAUCUAUAACAUCCGGAAGGUAGAAAUGAAACUUCCUGCUGCUGUGAAGAUGCCACUGGAAGCUGUUUUGCUCACCCCUCUUCCCUAA